AUGUACGAGGUCGGGCGGGCGGUGGGCAAGGGCGGAUACGCCGUGGUGUACAAGGGCACUCGACGAGACGACGGCACGCGGGUGGCCAUCAAGCAGGUGGACCUGCACGAGAUGAGCGAGCGGAAGCGCCUGCGGUGCCUUCGCGAGGUGCAGCUCCUCGGCAACCUGCGGCACCCGGGCAUCGUGGAGAUGUACGAUUCGUUCCUCGACGACGAGAAGCUCUGCAUCGUCUUCGAGUGGGCCGCGGGCGGCGACCUCAAGCGCCUCCUCCGCAAGCAUCUCGCCGCGGGCGCCCUGCUCGACGAGGGAACCGUCUGGAGAACCUUCCGGCAAAUCGCCGCCGCCGUCGCGCACAUGCACGAGCGCCGCGUCAUGCACCGCGACAUCAAACCCGCGAACGUCCUCGUCACCGCGAACGGCCGGUGCAAGGUGGCGGACCUCGGCCUCGGCAGGCAGUUCGGCUCCAACACCGUAGCCGUCGACUCGAAAGUCGGCACGCCCUACUACGUGUCGCCCGAGGUGGUCAAGGGCGAGCCUUACGACUGGAGCAGCGACGUGUGGAGCCUCGGGUGUUUGCUGUACGAGCUCGCCACCCUACGGUCGCCGUUCGAGAUGGAGGGCGCGAACCUCUACGCCGUGUUCCAGCGCAUCAGCACGAAUUCGUGGGCGCCGCUCCCGUCGCACCGGUUCUCCCCGCCGCUCGUGGAGCUGGUCCGUCAGAUGAUGGACCCGAACCCGCGUGACCGUCCGUCGGCGCGGGAGGUA